AUGCAGUACGUAAACAUCCCUCGCGACAAGGAGGACCCCAACUACCGUUAUAAGAUGCCUAAGUUGCUUUCGAAGAUCGAAGGCAGAGGAAAUGGCAUCCGUACGAACGUGUACAACAUGGGAGAGAUAGCAAGGGCCCUCAAGAGGCCCCCCAUGUACCCAACUAAAUUCUUCGGUUGCGAGUUGGGCGCGAUGGUAAAGUUCGAGGAGAACGAAGAGAAAGCCCUCAUUAACGGGGCGCACAGCGAACAGGACCUUGUUGCUAUUCUAGAUAAGUUUAUUCAAAUGUACGUCCUGUGUGGGGGCUGCGAACUACCUGAGAUCGAUAUAACUGUGAAGAAAGGCGUCUUGUUCUGCAAAUGCAAUGCAUGCGGGUACUCGGGAACUUUAGACAAUACGCACAAGGCGGCGACAUACAUGGCGAAGAAUCCACCGAAUGCAACGGAUACUACAUUAGGUAAAAAGAAGAAGACAAAGGAGGAGCGCAGAGCAGAAAAACUCGCGAGCAAAGAUGAAGAAAAAGCAGAGAAACCUGCAAAAGAAAAGAAAUCCAAAGAUAAAGACAAAAAGAAAAGAAAAGACGGUGAAGAAAAUGAAUGCGAGAGCGCUAACAACAAAAGCUUAGACCAAUCAGGAGACGCAACCCCAACGAAUGAAGGAGAAGAUAGCUGGGAUGAGGAGAAGGGGUCUGAAGGGGGAAAGAAAGAGAAGAGCGAGAAGAAGAAGAAGGAGAAGAAGCAGUCGGGUAGCGUUAGUGAAGGCCCCAAGUUGGUUGUUAAAGAGGCUCUUACUAUCCGCUGCCCAGAGAUAGCUGAAGUAUCAAACCGUCUUCGUAAUAUGUUCAUCACUACUCCUUCCGUCACGCCUGACGCUUUCUUCGUUGAACUCAGAAUGCUGCAGGUCUCUCAAGACUUUGAUGCAAAA